AUGAAAAUUGCCAAAGUACAUUUGGUAAUAAAUCAAAAAAAUGACAAAUAGAAGCACAAAUAACAUAAAUUCAAAUGGUCAUUCUACUCAAACAAGAUCAAAAAAUAAUAUACCAAACGAAUUUGAAUUGGAAUAUGUUAAUGAAGAGCAUGUUAAAGCAUUCUUUAAAGCACUUUCAGAAGAUCCUGAAUCAGAUCAAACAGAACAUAUUGCAGCAGUAACAGAUUUUAUGCCAAUUCGUCAAAGAGUAAAAAAGAAGAAAAGAAUCCCUGGCGAAUUUGAGGGUUAUUCGUACCAUAUCGUUAGGUAUCCUUUGAUAUUUAUUAUUUUCUCGAUUAUUCUUUUCGAAGUAUUGUUUUACAUUUUGAUUCGGCAAAUCGUUAAUUUUUGGGAAUAUUUUUAUCAAUGGCGAGGAAUAAGUCGAAUCUUACGAGAAGUAAUGCGUAAUACCAACAAUUAUGAGGAGUGGAUUGAAGCUGCAAAACAACUAGAUUCCUAUUUUAAAUAUGAUGAAUGGAAAAAGGAAAUUCCAUUUGGAUAUUACGAUUAUAACCUAUUAAAAAAAGUCAAUCGAGAUUUGAAAUCUUUACGUCAAGAAGAAACUAACGAAAAUUUACAAAAAUUGAAAAAUUUACUUCAAGAUUGUGUCAAGAAUAAUUAUGCUGGGGUAGAAAAUACUAGAUUAUAUUCUCAUUCUUAUUAUGGAACAAAAAACAUUAUCGAGGAAUAUGUUGAUAAAGUAACCGAAUCUCUUGAGUUUGCAAGAAACACCAAAUUAUUAUCAAUUAAAGAUAAACUUGAACUCCUUAAAAAUACUUACAAAAAUUAUGGACGCACAGCGCUCUGUCUUAGUGGCGGUGCUAGUUUUGGAUAUUAUCAUCUAGGUGUUGUAAAAGCUCUUUUUGAUGCAAACCUUUUACCAACUGUAUUUACUGGAACUAGUGCAGGUGGAUUGAUUGCUGCAUUGGUUUGUGUAAGAACUGAUGAAGAGCUGGAACAAGUAUUGACUUCUGAAUUAAAUACGCGCCUAACGGCAUGUUCUGAUCCAAUUACUACUUGGGUACCAAGAUGGUGGAAAACUGGCGCUAGAUUUGAUGCAUGUGAUUGGUCUCGGAAACUUCAGUGGGUUACUAAAGGAAGUUUGACUUUCAUGGAAGCAUAUGAAAGAACAGGAAGAAUUUUAAAUAUUUCGGUUAUUUCCUACGAUCCACACUCUCCCCCAAAAGUCUUGAAUUAUAUAACUGCACCUGACUGUGUUAUUUGGUCAGCAGUUAUCGCUAGUGCUGCCGUGCCUGGUAUAUUAAAUCCUGUUGUAUUAAUGCAAAAGUUGAAGAACGGUUCAAUUGUUCCAUAUAACUAUGGUAACAAGUGGAAGGAUGGAUCUCUUCGUACAGAUAUUCCAGUUCAAUCUUUGCAUAUGCAUUUCAAUGUUAAGAACACCAUCGUUUCCCAGGUUAAUCCACAUAUUCAUCUUUUCUUUUAUGCUCCUCGUGGCUCAGUUGGUAGACCAGUAACCCAUCGUCGUGGAAAAGGUUGGCGAGGUGGUUUUUUGGUUGCUAGUAUUGAACAAUUUUUGAAAUUAGACUUAAGUAAAUGGCUCAAAUGGAUACGUGACCUUGAACUUUUGCCAAGAGUUGCUGAUCAGGAUUGGAGUUCCAUUUGGUUACAAAAGUUUGAAGGAAACAUAACAAUAUGGCCUCAUUCGAGCUUUUCGGAUUUCUUUUAUAUCUUAAAAGAUCCAACUCGUGAGCGACUUGAAUCGAUGAUUACAUCUGGUCAGCGAGUAACUUGGCCAAAAUUGCGUAUGAUUUCAAAUCGUCUUAGAAUUGAAAGAGCAAUUCAAAAAGGUCGUGAAGAACUUCGACGAGAGUUACGUAGGCAAAGAUAUCCUGGUGUUGAUAAUCAGAGAAAGGGCGAUGAUCGAAGAAAUAAUAUCGAUGAACUUCAAGAUUAUAAUACGAGUAACGGUGAUGACAAUGACAAACACUUGGAAAUUGAGAAAGUUACAGAUAUAGGACCUAAUAGUGACUAUAGUAAUUCUUUGGAAUCAUCAUCUGAUAAUAUUUCUUAUAUUUCAUCUACAUCUGAUGAAGAGUAUCAUGAAGGUCAAGAUGAUGGUCAUAAAUUUUUAUUAUCUUCGAAUGAUCCUCAUAUUGCUAAUUGAAUUCAUGUUGGAAGCUUUUGAAAGAUACCAGAAUGUGUAUAGUGAAACCCCAAAAUAUGCCAAAGUGGAAGUCAGGAAUGAUGAUCAAAGUAGGAAAAAUGUAUAUAUAAAAAGAUCAAAAAUUCUGGAAUGACAAAUUAAAAUAUAGGAUUGGAAAUAUUAUACAUGGAAACAUAAAUCACCAUUGUAUGAUAUUUGAGGAAAGGGAAUUAAAAUUUAUUUUACCAUUUGAAUUAGAGAUCGAAUUGGUAAAUUUCGAAUUCGAAAGGAUAAUGAAGAUGUUAUUAUUGAAAUAUUAUUUAUUUAAGAACUUUUAUGUAAUAAAAAAAUUCGAAUUUCAUUAAUGACGUAAUAAUUUGUUCACAAGUGUUACAAUGUAACGACGAUCCAAUGAUCAACU